GUCGAAAUCACAAAAUCGUGGCUAUGUACUGAAUGUGGCGCUCCAUGGCCUGACCGGUCUGUGUUGCAGCCAUGGGGCAGCCAUAAUAUGAUGCUGCUGUGGUUGGUGCUGCACACUGCGGCCGCAAACAGAGGCAGCCACCGCAAUGGCCAAGCCACGCCGGCGCCGACGGCGAGCGACCCGCGCGUGCGGCGCGCCGACGCAUUGAAUCGGUGGUUUUCAAUGAUAGAGCACGUGCCCGCGCGGGCGCGGCCGCUCGAGGGCUGGACCGUCUCACAUCGCCGCGACAUUCAGGGACGCAUGCGCCUGGUGACGAGCGGCAACGCCAAGCAGGUGCUGACGGGAGGCACGUAUCGCAACCAAUCGAUAAUUGUCAAAAGCUCGUCCGCGAACCACACGCGGGACAAAUUGGGAGACGCCGUGCACCUCGAGCUCGUCUACCUCGAGGCGCUACGGGGCGCGCCGGGCAUUCCGGAGUUACUGGGGGCCUGGCGCGAGGGCGAGCACGUCUGGUACGCCGUCGCCGACGGCGGCCGGCCCAUCGGCGUCGCGGGCCAGCCGGGCAAGGGGAGCAAAGCCACCGUGCUGUCCUCGGAGUUUAUCGAGUUGGCGCGGCACGAACCCCUGAAAUUAGCAAGGGCGCUGCUGCGGUGCUUCCGGUCCUGGGCUUCGGCCGGCUUUUUGCUGGACGACUUCAAGGCGCAGCAGUUCACCCUGGACGGUCGGGGCGACGUGUACCUCGUGGACGGCCCGAGUCUACUGAGGGCCUUCCCGGUGGGCGCGGCGGUCUACCGGGCGACGUCGCACCAUCGCCAGAAGAACAACCUCGCGCCGCCCCCGUCGGACUGUGCGACGAACGCCGACUGUCCCUCGACAAAAGCGCACCACGCCUGCGGCGUUGCUGGAGACUGCGAGGCGGGCGCGCGGGGCGCGCCGGAGAGCGCCGGCCUUUGCAGGGCGGGGGCCUGCGUCGCCGUGGGGCCCUGGACGCACGUUUUUGAUACCGCGUCGCGGCCGUGGCUCUUGCCGGGCGUCGUCAAAUAUGCGGAAGAUUCUGCGCCUCGCAAGGUCCUGGACCGCGUCAUGUCGAAGGCGCGCCUGGCGGACCCCGCGAAACGGCCGACGUUCGACGCGAUGCUCGCGGAGGUCGAGCGGCACAUCUAGCCCCCGAGCACGCCAUCGCCGCGACCAGGACGCGGCCGCCGCGUCGUAUGUGAGUAAUGUUAACAGACACAAA